AUGAUGGAUUUUCAGAAGUCUUCUCCCUACCCCAUGUAUUAUCCACGACACCCGCCCCGAUCCACGGGAGUCGCCCCCGUCGCGCCUCCAGAUCCUCAGAUUGCACCUCCUCCACUGCCAACAACCUCCUACGCCACUGUGACCACUGCCAUCACCACGCCUCCCACGUCUACCGCUCCGACCGCUCCGACCGCUGCCCAAGAGACGUAUAUCCUGCAGACCACCGCCUUUCCCCCGCGAGACGAGAUCCCUCGAUCGACCAUGGUCUAUCGAUACCCCCCGCCGCCCUCACCGGCUGUCACCAUCGCAUCGACCCCGUACCCCCCUGAGAAGGCAUAUGCGUCGGCGCGGACAGAGCACCACCAGCGGUAUCACGUCACACCAACCAGCCGUGGCUCCACGAAACAGCCGCCGGAAAGAGCGUACCCAGCACACCCGAGUUCUGAGGGAUGGAGAGAGGCUGCUCUCCGUCUCCUGUCUUCCUCGCUUCUCUCUUUCUUCUUUUCCGUCGCGUCUUUCUGCUCUCUGUACCACUUCUGCUUCUGCUUCCCUCCCGUCACUCCCCAUGAACCCCCCUCCCUCCCACGACCACGCGCGUCGGAGGUCUUUGGGCAGCAGCGCCAGUUCCGCGUUUCCUGGACAAAUCCUGUCAUCAUAUCGAUGAUCCUCCCUGCUAUCUACUCAUCCGCGCUCCUUGUUCUUCCUGUCGCUGCUCUUCUCUACCUCUACCUCCACCUCCAUCUCCAUCUCCCUCCUUCCUCCUUCCUCCAAGCUAACCCCGGAUUUUCCCGCCCCUGUCAGCCUCCCACCAACCCUCCGGCUCACCAUCGCCCCGGCAGCAGCAUGUCCAUCUCCUCCAUGCUCGGCGCCUCCGACCUGGACCGCCCCGCCCGGGAUGUAGGCUCAUCCGCUCUCUUUUCUCGUCUUCCAGUCUCCUCCGCCCCGUUUGGGAGUGUUCCGCCCCCCGCGGCCGCCCCCGGCGCCAUGUCGCCGCCCAUGGCACCCGCCAGACCUUCCGCGCUCGAUUAUUCGCCCUUCCGUCGGUCGCAGACCCCCGACAAGUCCUUCUCCAAGCCGCCGCCCGGGAAACCAUACCGUUCAAACUCGGGGGGAAUGACCUCGUCGACCAGCGACUCCAGCAAAUUCGGGGGUUUGUCGCGCGGGCCACCCUCGUCGCAGUACCCCGACAAGCCGAGUUCUGCGCACCCCUCGCCCCAAGUCUCCUCCGUAGAGCCCUACAACGAACCCCGUCGGUUGAGCUUCGGUGCCCCGGCGCGUCCCAGCAGCCAACCCCAGCAUCUCGACGCCCCGGGCCGACCCGGCUACUCCUCGUUGACGCGCCCGUCCGCAUCCGCUGGUGAGGGUCCGUUUGGCCAACGAUCCGCCUCGUUUAUGGGCCACGAGUCUCACGGUCGUUUCAGCGGUCUGUAUGCCGACCGACACAUGGAGGAGCAGGCCCAUCGGGAGCGGGAACGCGCCCUGGCACAGGAGAACGAAGCAAAGUCGCAUGGUCCCUCGCGGUAUCCCUCCCACUUUCCGGAGCGGGAAACAUCGAGUCGGCCCCAGAGCACAUGGGAGUUGGGUCGCUCCCAGCCCUCGUCGCCAGAGGCCAAACGGUAUUCGGCGGCGGAGUCCGGCGGGGGUUUUGGCUUUGGGGCCAUCCAGAGCUACACCAAGUCUCUGGAUGCGAAACGGAGUGGCCGAGCCUCUCCGCUCCCUCAAGCCGUCCAAGGCGCCCUGGGUCCGACUGGAGAGGGAGGCCUCAAGAACGACCUGGGGCGUGUGUUUUCGGGGAUUGGGAGCGGUGUUGGCGGCGUGACCGCCUCCUCUGGCAGUGGACCGUCCACUCCCAUGGCUGCGAGCCCUUUCAAGCGGGAUAGUGUGACGGCGCGUUCGGCCAACAGUGAGACAACCGAUGAGACCAAGGCUGCGCGACCGGGGUCCGCCACCGGAAAGCGACAAAGGAGAUCGCGAGAUGAGGAGGCUGCCGAGGUCGAGGCCGACCUUCGAGCCGGUGCGGCCGCUCGAGGGGUGCGGCGAAAUCGCCAUCUUCACCACCACCAUCACCAUCAUCACCAUCAUCGACCCAAACCAGAGGAUGACCCGUUCAGCGCGCAUCGGGGUCCUUCAUCGUCCGUCUUCCCACGGACUUCCACCCCCGCUGAAGGCGCACCUGCACCGCAUGCGCACCACCACCACCACCAUCAUCAUCACCAUCACCACCACCAUGCUCGGCCCUCUGCGCCUAGUGCGGUGGUACCCAUGCGCGAACCCCGGACGGUCGUGACGAUCGAGCCCACUCUGGCUAGCGUGGCUCAUCUCCCGCGGCAUCAUCUUGGCUCGACGCUGUACAACCCCAUCAUUGGCAUCCCGACAGAAAAAGCCAGUUUGGAGAGCGCGAAAUUCGGCUACACAACGACCCCUCGACCUUUGCCGCGUUUCGAGGGGAAGGCCAACUGCACGUUUACUGUUCGGGUGCCGCGUUUCCGUAUUGAUGCCAGCCAUCGGGAGGAAAUUUGCGCGCGACGGGCGCUCUGGGGCACGGGCAUCUACACCGACGACUCGGAUCCGGUCGCGGCGGCCGUCCAUUCGGGAUUCAUCCGCGGCGCCUGGGGGGAGGACGUCGAUGUGGAGAUGCUGGAUCUGGAGAUCAAGGACGCGUACCAACACUGCCCGAAGACGGCGCAAGAGAUGGGAUUACCGGAGGGAGAUCGUCCAAAGGAGCCGCCUGUGCCGCCUACCGACAAGGACCUGCACAUCACCCUGCUUGUGCUGCCCCCGCUGGAACGCUACGACUCAACCGUGCUGUUUGGCUUGAAGUCGCGGUCGUGGGAGAAGUCCCAUGAUGGCAUGAGCUUCAAGGUGCUGCGGGUGGAAUGGGUCGAGGAGGGGGUUGGACGGGGUGAAGAGCGCAGUGGCGAGGCGCGGCGCAAGCGUCUGCGCAAUCUGAUGCAGAGCGGACGUAUCUGCACGGGACCGGGCGUAGUGAAGCUUGAGCAUCUGCGUAACGGGAUUAGUGUGCCGCGACGCACACCGAAGGCGAUGAACGGGGAGUCGAGCGCGAUGCAGACGGUGUCAUGA